AUGAAAUGUGAUAACAUUAUGAAUGAAAUCAUGAUAUUUGUGCAAUUUGAAAAAGGUCAUUCAUGCAAUUUGAAAUUGGUGUAUCUUCUCAAUCCACCAAGCAUCUCGACUUCAGAUCUGAGAAACAUCGACUAUAGGACGAUGGAGCUUCGUGGAUGGCAGCAGGCGAGAGGUCAAGGGCCUGCAAACAAUACCAAUGAUAGGCUAGAGCCUGACUCGACGGGAAGCAAUGUGGAUCGCGCGACUAACGGCGGCGUGUCCAGAAAUGUGGGAGUGGCGCGACGACUUGAAUGCAGAGCUCCAUCGAGUGGCGCGACUACGUCUCUAACGAGGACGCCACUAACAGAGGCGGCCAAGAGGUCAAGGCCGCAAACCGAAGCAGCUCCUAUGGCGGCCGGAAUUUCUUUCGCCUCCAGCACCGCGGCCCGUUUCAGGCGCGGCCCGUCUCUCGUCCCAAGGCCCGUUCCGGUAGUCGAGCCGCCUAAUUUGCGGCACACGAGCUUCUUCCGGAAAUAUCGGGGGAUGUCGUGGCGCGAAAGCAGCAGUCGGAGACCUAAUUUGACGGUGUGCUUCGUGCUGGAGACUGAGAAAUCGGUCCAUUCGGAGGAGGAAGGUGGAGGAGCGGUUGAAGCCUCCGCCGCCUCCCCUGCCGCCGUGGCGGAGAAGAUGGCGCGGAAGAAAUCGGAGAGGUUCACUUAUUUGGUGGCGGCAGUCAUGUCGAGCUUCGGGAUCACUUCCAUGGCGGUAAUGGCUGUUUAUUACAGAUUUGCCUGGCAAAUGGAGGGUGGAGAGGUACCUUACGCAGAAAUGUUCGGUACAUUUGCUCUCUCUGUUGGAGCUGCUGUGGGCAUGGAGUUCUGGGCAAGAUGGGCGCACAAAGCUCUGUGGCAUGCUUCAUUGUGGCACAUGCACGAGUCACACCAUAGACCAAGAGAAGGACCCUUUGAACUUAACGAUGUUUUCGCAAUAAUCAAUGCUGUACCUGCCAUAGCCCUCCUCUCAUAUGGCUUUUUCCACAAAGGCCUUGUGCCCGGCCUCUGUUUUGGUGGUGGUCUUGGAAUUACGGUGUUUGGCAUGGCAUACAUGUUCGUCCAUGAUGGUCUCGUCCACAAGAGAUUUCCAGUUGGGCCCAUUGCAAAUGUGCCCUAUUUUAGGAGAGUAGCAUCAGCCCACCAGCUUCAUCACUCGGACAAGUUCAAUGGAGUCCCAUACGGAUUGUUUCUAGGACCUAAGGAACUUGAAGACGUAGGAGGACUUGAAGAGUUGGAAAAAGAAAUUAGCAGAAGAAUUAAAUUGUCCAAGAAUUUGAGAUGAUCUUUGGGACGUAUGUUGAGUUAAUCCUGAAUUUGAAAAUGGUAGGGAACAUAUUGCCCCAAAUGAAAUGAAUGAUUUUGUUAGGGUCUGCCAUUGGAUCUUUGAUGGAGUAUGUUGUUAACACCACUGGCUGAAAGUUCAAUCUUUUUGUUUUUGUUUUUGUUUUU